CCGUUGGUCUGCUCUCCCCCCACACCGGCGUUUUCCGUCGACAGAGGCACGACGGAGAAGCAAAACAUGGUCAUCAUCAUCAUCAUCACCGGCAGCAGCAGCAACAGCAGCAGCACGAGCAGCUUGAUCUCCGCCGCGCCCGAAGCCCCCGACCCCGACCCGCCUUCCAAAAAUAAGCCCCUGCCGCCAUGCGCGCGAAGGAAGCGAAACGAGGCGAGCGGUAUUUUUAGGGCCGUUCGCGUUGACCACGUGCGCCGACGGUAAACCGGACGGCCGUUGCCGUUGCGCAGAAGUAGCGCCUCGACGGCAUGCCCCGGCGCGAGAGCAGCGCGCGCCACACGAGCACGGCGACGGCGCGGACGGCGAUCGUCCUGCUGGGCUUUCUGCUCGGGGUCGCGUCCUCGCGCAGGACCCACGCCACGACGCUCGAGGCAAGGUGGGAAACGCUGUUCGCGCGCUCCGUGCUCGGGAUCUCGGGGGACAACGACUAUUUGAUGGGCGUUAAGAGAGUGCGGAGGCUGUACUGCAACGUGGGCAUCGGGUUUCACCUGCAGGUGCUGCCAGACGGAAGGAUAAACGGUGUACAUGACGAGAACCAGUACAGUCUAAUAGAGAUCUCAGCGGUGGAGAGAGGAGUGGUGAGUCUGUAUGGGCUGAAAAGUGAGCUGUUUGUCGCAAUGAACCGCCGGGGAAGGUUGUACGCAACGAGAGUCUUCCGGGAUGAAUGCAAGUUCAAAGAGACAUUGCUUCCCAACAACUACAACGCCUAUGAGUCUUCCAUUUAUAAGGGCUUCUACAUCGCCCUGAGUAAACAUGGCCGCCUGAAGAGAGGCUACAAGGCCACACCGGCUAUGACUGUCACGCACUUCCUCCCUCGAUUAUGAGCGAGACUGGCAAUAACUCACUCUUUUUGCACAUGUUGGACGUUCUCGCAGGUAACUUAUACAUACGUACAAGGCACGAAAAAUGAACUGCAAUCAAAAGAUACAAAACACGUAAUUAUAGUAUUUAUUCUCGUUAAUGAAAUAUAUGUAUAUAUGGGUAGCUGUGUGUCUGAUCUUUGUGUACAUGCCAUUCUUUGCUGCUUAUCAUUUCUAUUAAGAUUAUAUGAGGGACAAGGAGCUUUUUUUUGCCCCCUCUCACUUUUUAUGGGUGCUUGCCAUAACUGGUGUGUAAACCUUACCCUGUCAUCGGUAUGACUAACAUGUCCAGCUUUCAGAAGUGAAACAGAUACGUUUUAUUACCUCAAAGAGCUACGUCCGGCUUGGAAAGGUGUGAGCGUGUCACACAUGGGGGGAAGAUAUAAAGAAAUGUUUAACUAUAACUUUGAUUUUGAUCUGUUCCACCAUUUUGCAAGAGAGAAGACGGCAUUUGAGAUUGCUGCCUUUCUUGCAAAGUGGUGCCUUUGCUUCCUAAACUGUGGCAUUUUUUUUUAUUUGCAUGUUUGCAUCCUGCUGUAACAGAGAUGACCCACUCUGGGGGCUUCAGCCCAAUUCCUAGAGGGCUGUGAGUAGCUUCAUUUCAUGCUGUUUCCUUACUUAGAUCAGCUAGAUAUCAGAGAAUCUGGGACUUGCCAGAAAUAAGAGCAGCUUGCAUGCGUUUGUAUUGGAGACUCAAGCUGAGGAAGAUCCUUUAAUCCUUCAUGGCGAGGACAGUUCAAGACACUGGAGGCUUUUUUAUUUUAGCUUGAACUGUACCAUGGCCAAUGACCUCAGAACUGAAAUCAUCAUCUGUUUACGAAGUAUCAAGUAAAAGAAAUUGGGUUGAUCUUGGGAUUUGAUGGAUUUUAUGAGCUGGAAUUGGUUUCUAAUGUAGCAAUUUUUUUAAAGAUGAGGAUACUUUGCUCAUUUAACUAGUAUGUGAAAAGCAAACAUCUCAGGCUACAAAAACUGAAAUUUUUGCCAUAGAUUAUAUUAUUAGUAUGGCUCCAUUAUGUACAUUUUGCAUUACUUUUAGACAGCAAGACCGAGUUCAGGGGUGGACAAAUCAUAAAUUCAUUACCUAGCCUAUGGGCAACUCAAAGCUAGGCUAAAAAGUGGCAAGUAGUGUAAUUUAAUUUGAAAGAAUAAAGAGCUAAUUAUGUGCAUUAAUACAGACUAUGGAAAAUAAGUGAGUAUUUGAAUCCCUCUGAGGAAUGAUUUUAUGUAACUCUGUCUCUGGUGACAUCAUAUUGUUUGUGCCCUCAACAAAAAGCCAAAAAAGUCUUUGGCUAACAGUUCAGCUAUUAGCUGCAGUGUUCUGUGGUUGCCGUAAAAACAACUAGCGUCUUUAUUUUUGUGAGAUAACUGCAUGUUAAGCUAGCAUUAGAGAUAUAAAACAGUUUUAUGCUGUGACGUGCUGUACUGCACUUUUGUCACUGUUUCUGCAUCCUGGAAAAUUGGUCUAGCCUCUGUUCAACCUAAUUAAUAUGCCUAGUAAAAUUUAGAUUCUACCCAGAGGCAUAGCUGCAGGAUAGUUAAGCAUGCGAUUGAUUGGGGCCCUGUGUUUUGAGUCCCCUGAAGGCUGACAUUCAGGCCAUGAAAAUCUCAAAUUGUAGAACUCCAGUAAAACCUCUGAUGGGUAAAAUGCAAUGCUACACCAGGAACCCUUCUUGCUAGCAUUUGGGACUUGUGCAAUUUUUAUUUUCAAUUGCUCACUUUUCAAAAUGAGAGCUUGGAAGGCAAUAAUGAUAGAGAAAACAAGAAGAGGAAAACAGGAAGCAGAACCUUGAUAAGCGGUGAUCAUCUAACAACAAAAUAAUUAAGGAUGACAGCUAUAAGCCAUUAAGUAAUGUACAGUUAGGCAAACAUCAUUUUGGCAAGCAGACAGCUAGCUAGGAGUUGGCGCUCAGUUUGGAACAUGCAAUGUUAAUUAUUUAGCUAGCAUUCUUGGUAGACUUUGUGAUUUUACACAAAUUGGUUUGAUAGGUCCCUGUAGGACUAGUGGUUAGGCCACGGCGCUCUCUCUGCUGUGGCCCGGGUUCGAUUUCCUGCCAGGGAACCGACUCCAGCCACUGGGCUUGAGUGCAACAGUGCGCUCUCAAUGCCGGUCCCAAGCCCGGUUAAAAUUGGGGAGGGUUGCAUCAGGAAGGGCAUCCGGUGUAAAAACUGUGCCAAAUCAAAUACGCAGACCAAUGAUCCGCUGUGGUGACCCCUAACGGGAGCAGCUGAAAGAGGAACAACAGCAACAACUCAAAUUGGUUUGAUAUCAUUGGUCUUUUAAAGUAUAUCCAGAGUAUAAAAGCCAAGACUUUAGCAAAAAUUUCUGUUGUUGCAUACGUAAUGUCUUAUUGGGUAGCUUGAUCUAGCACUAUAUUUAGCACUAUACUUAAUAUAACACUUUCAGACAGUUAUCCUCUAGUUGGCUCAUUGUAUUGAUUAUUUAUAAAGGCAUCUAGGAUAACAAAAUGGCAAUAAAGAGGAGAAAUGCCAGGAGGGCCCUUUGAAUUUUCUGGCCUGGGGCCCCCACUGUCCCUAAAAUCGUUUAUGUAGUGCAGCAGGUAGUGGGAUUCAGAAAAGAGUCAAGCACCUCACAUCAACAUAACAGAAACAAACAUUUAUACAAACAGAUGAAAAACAAAAGUUUUCUCUUUGCGAAAGUUAAAAGGGAGUAGUUUUUCUGGUAACACUGUCUAAGAAGCUCGUAUUCAUAAAUUAUUAUACUUAUAACUGAUAGUUAUGCAUUUUAAAUAAUAACAUUUACAAAUAAGUAGUUUUUACUUUUAUAAGUAAGGAACUACUUAUAAAACACAGCAAAUUAUUAGAGCUUUAUGAGAUUAGAGUUUGGAAAAGGAAUUAUUACCAACAUACAAAUAAUUAUAAUCACAAUUAUAAUGAUUUAUGAAUAUGGGGUUCAUGUGAAGUGUUAUGUUUUUUUCUUUCUCAGGAUGUUGGAUGAGUGAAGUUUAAAUUAAAAAAAAUGUUAUAUAAUUAUAACAGCCACUGAGGCUGCUUGAGGCCAACUGAAAAACUGAAUGAAAAACGGAUAUUGCAGAUCUGUAAUCUUCUAGUGAUUUGUCCACCCCUGCAGCAGGUUUUCCUCCAAAACUAUUUUUUGCAGCAUGAGUUGCCAGCGAAAUGCCAAGCUUGACCUGAAACCUAUUCUGAAACCGUAAAACCAAUCAGGAUGUCACUUUAAGAUUUUAUUUCCUAUCUGCUUAUCUGUUUCAACACUAGGCACUUACACAAAAACUGAAGAAGAGAGCUGACUCAGCUUAAAGAAUUUGGUCAGCACAAUUCAUGCAUCACUGAAUCCAAUCAUUUUAAUGGCUUACGAGUUGAAGUCAGGGUAUUAGAGUACUUAAACUUGGAAUGUAUUUUUAGAACACCCCCCUCUCCAAGCGGUCACACACACACCCGUUACGCAAUUCGACUUAAAAUAGUAGCAUGCCAUCUCCUCUGAAAAACACUGCAUAAAUAAAACUAAGGCUAAAGUUGGACGGGAGAAGACAAACAUCUAUGGUACCGGUUUAAAUAAUCUGAUCGUGACUUGUGAAUGCAGCAUGUGAGAUUAUUUGGUGCAAUAUCCUUUACAUGAGAAAAGGUCUGCAUGAGCCAGAAUGGGGUUUCUGAUCUGCGUGGCAUCUGCAGUGUGUUUGAGAGUGCUGGGUUCCUCUACUGCAGCUCUGCUGAGAACAGAUCGUCUUACAUGGCAUAAGGAACCAGAUGGCUAUGUCUCAUUUUGCCCUCUCUGGCACUAGGGCGCAGGAAUGGUGUAGCUGUAGGGGUGGGCGAUGUGGCAAAAAUAUCAUAUCAUUUUAUUUAAAGAUAAUCUCUAGUAUAUUUUAAGAUGCUUGCAGUAUAUCAUGAUAUUUAGGUUUGGUGACAAAGUGCCAGCAAAACAAUAACAACAACAACCAUGUGUCAAUUACUAUAGUUUGACAAAAAUAAAUAAUUUAACAAGCAAAAGGAGUUAAAAGUUAAACUGUGGAGUUAGUCAUUGUUAUAGAAAUACUUACAAUUCUCAUGAUAUUAUCAUAUUCCUCAGCCACAUGUACCAGAAUACCAGAAAGAAAUCUGUGACUCUGAUGAGAAGUCACUAUGAAGCAGUUCUUUAUAAGGGGUUUUAGUUUCAAUGGCCACAUAUGUUAUAUCUAAAUUCAGAUAUAUGUGUCAUUCAAAAAAAUAAUAAAAUAUCAGCUAUAGUCACUUUCUUGCCUUUAUAUAAAGUGCUGGUCAUAAUGGAUCUAAGUUGGAAAAAAGUAUGCUUUUUCAAAUCUUUGUACCCAAAUGUAGGCAUGCAAUAUGAUAAUUCUUGAUUCUACAAUAAUAAUAAUAAUAAUAAUAAUCACAAUUACUGCAUUUUCAUCAAUGUGGUUCAUUUUAAGCUGUCCCAUAAUGAAUUAUUGACUAAGGAUAAUGGCAAGGACAUUGCAUUAAAGGAGCACUGUGUAAUGUUUAGAGCCCUCUGCUGACACUGAGGUGGAUUGCAAAUGUAGUAAAAAUAUUGUCAUGUUUAACCAUUACCCUUAUCUGACCCCACAGCCUCUGUUGAAACGAUACAUAACUCGGAGUGUCCAGCAGGGGGCAGGGGUAACCUCUAAAAUAUAAACAAAAGCAUGGUAAUUUUGUGGAUGAUGUGUAUUUCUAAGAUAUAUUAGUAACAAUGAUUACAACAGAUUUAUAAACACAUUUAAACAUUACAGACUGCACCUUUAAGAGGUGUGAAAAGCAUCUAGCAUGGAUUCAGUGAAGAAACGUGUUACAUCGACCAAAAAAAAAAAAAAAGAACCACUGAGCUACUGAAAUGGGUUUGUCAAGUUUUGCAAGUUGCAAGUUUUACUGGAUUUCAUGUUCUGUACUCACUACAGUGACCUGAGCAGUGUGACAGAUAGCGAGUGAAGGGUCAUGCAUGUGUGUGUGAAGCCUCUUGUAGCAUUUUCUCCUGCUUUUGUAUUCCUGCACUGAGGGGACUGUGCUUCCUCUAAAUUCCCCUCCUCUUUUUUAACAUAUACCUCACCUCCUGCCUUAGUUCUGAUUUGUUGAAACGAUUGUAAGAGGACAGAUUUUUUUCGCCAAUCAUUUAGUUUCUGGAGAAAAAAAAGGAGUCAGAGUUCUAAUAUAAGAAAUAUGUUUUACUUUUAUUUUUGUACGUAUGUGCUGUGCACAGCAGUCAACUGUAUUACUGAGAUGAUAAUAAAAGUUUGUUUUUUUAAA